AUGUUGCCAACUGUAUCGCUCCAAGCCCUUCCAACCCAGCAAAGCAAUACUAGUAGUUCAUCAAUUGCAUCAAGGUCUCAGGCAGUUCCCCAAACACCACCCUCACAUUUGAGUGGCCAAGCCCAGGUUCAAUUGCAAGUUGCGGUAGGACAUCAAAACCCACAAAGCCAGCAACAUGCUGCAUUUAGCAAUCAAAUCAAUCAAGCUGGCCAUUUUACUAGCAACAACAACAGCACACUUUUUUCCCAAUCGUCGAGUAUAAGUCUCCUGAAACGAUUCGUCAAGAAUUUCACAACCUGGGAUAAAGGAACAAUCAUUGCUGGAGUCGCGAUUGUAGUCAGUACUAUUAUAUCAUACUUCGCUUUAAAGUUAGCAAUUUGGACGGCAACUAAAGAUUAUAUCGAAUAUUGUCAAGGAGAAGAGCCAAUUCAGGAAACGAGCGUUCAAUGUCGAAAAGCAGCCGCCCAAAGUCUGCCCCCGCCUCCUUUCUAUCAAUAUACCGGUACUGUCCUCCGUCGGACAUGGACCGGGAGAAUAAUUGGAGCUACCGAGUCAAAAACGCAAAAUGAUUAUUAUAUUUGGGGAUAUGCUCUCAUAGCAUAUACAAUGUUUAAUUUUGCAUGGACUUUCUGGUCUUCAAGACGCUUGGAAUCCUCAAGAGCUUCGGGGUUGCCUAGUGAAGAUGACAUGGAACAACAGCUCCAACAGUUCCAACAGCUUGAUGGAUAUAUCACAGAUCCUGAUGUUGCUUGCACUAUCGAAUUUUCAAACCCUUUGAGACCCUCAUCCAUAGAAGAUUCGGAUUUCCUGGUACCAAUUGACAUGGUACAACAGCCGCAACAGCUCGGUAGUCUCAGUACCGAUCCAUGGCCUAUGAACUUAGCUGGAGAAGAUAGAUUCGCUGUUGCUUCUGAAGGGAGUCUAAGCUUUGGAUCAGGCACGGCUAGUGGCAUGAAUCAAGACAAUGCCCGGCCGGGCAAGCUGCGUCAAAGGAUGGGAAAGAAAGCGAUUGAAAAAUUGAGAAGUGGCGUAACAGAAGGCUAA